CAUGCCACUGCCCGUUCCCGCCGUUGCGCACAAGAAGUGCUUUCACGUGGCGGCAUUCUCUAUUCCUUUAUUUGUUUCGCAUCAACCGCGAAAUCCAUAUCGAUGGGCCGGUCUCGAGACAUUAUCAGCUUCCCGCUGGCGCUCUGCGCCAUUGCCAUGAGCGUCAUUUUGACUCCUCCAGGUGCUGCAGGCGCUGCUGGCGCCACGGUUGUACACGAACAGCAGGAAGCUGGCAUCACUACUAUUACCACGACCACGACAAUAGUAAUGCAUAAUCCCCAUCGGAACGCUGCAGAAAAGUUGGCUGCGGCAGCGCAGCAACAAAACUCCUCCGAGCCGCUCAAAGGCGGUGUGAUAUCUACAGAUACUGUAAACUGCGCCAUGUUCGUGGGGCGAUGCGGGGCUGCAGCCUACCAGGCUUACAGAAGAGGCCAGCCCUCCCUUUUAUUCGCUUGUGCAUCACGCCGAGAUGUAUGCGCCUGUGUAGACGCUUUUGGAAUGCCACUUUGGGGGUUCUUGAGGUCUCUUUGUGAUGGCCCGGACAACAGGCUCACCCUUGGAGCCGAUAACAACAGUAAUGACACCGUUAUUGAAGGCGGCUGUCCUGCUGGCUACGACCGGAUCCCAGCCGAUGGGCCGUGGUGCUACUCUCGUGUCUGCCCCCCCACCUACAGCCUUAUUGAGUCUACGAGCGAGGACGAUCAGAAACGGUGCUAUCGUGACUGCGAUCUGGGCUGGGAAGACCGUGGCACGACGUGCUACGUGUCGGUGCAGGACCUGCGGGCAGUUCGGCGUGUGGAGCCCUUUGGCGUGGUUUCCCUGCCGGGAUGCUCGGGCCUGGGCAGUGAACUGACCUCCUGA